AUGGAGAACUUGAGGGAAACCAUCUCUGAAUGGCCGGAUUCCGGCGCGCGCAACGACGCUGACGAUGACGACCAAGGCUCGGAAUAUGAGCUCCUCAUGGACCCUAAUCUGCCAGAGGGGCAUGAAUCACGCCGCCGUUCACAGGCUGACGACGGCUUGUCAGACGACGAGUCCAAGAGAGGGGAUGAGCAGGAAGAAGAGGAAAACUCUCCGUAUCCAGAGGUUCGGGCGGCAGUUAACAACUUUGACGAGGAAAUGCCUUGCAAUACGGUUCGCGCGUGGACAAUUGGCUUGACCCUCGUCAUAUUUGGCGCUUCGAUGAACACAAUCUUUUCGCUACGCCAGCCCGCCAUCUCCAUUGGGCCUCUUGUUGCCCAGAUUGUUGCGUGGCCAAUUGGCCAUGGAUGGGCCAAGGUUGUCCCAGCACGGGAAUUCAAUUUCUUCGGCAUCAAGUGGAGUCUUAAUCCGGGUCCUUUCAACUGCAAGGAGCAUGCGAUUAUCGGAGUAAUGGCGUCUGUAUCCUUUUCGGUUGCUUAUUCGACAGAUAUCAUCUUGGCGCAGAUGGUUUUUUAUAAGCAGAACUUUGGGCUGCUAUACCAGAUCUUGCUUACUGUAUCCACGCAGUCGCUUGGAUAUGGAAUCGCUGGUGUCAUGCGUAAAUAUCUAGUGUAUCCCGCGUCGAUGAUUUGGCCUGCAAAUCUGGCUUCUGUCACAAUGAUGAACGCCAUGUAUGAGACAAGUGAUCAAAUAGAUCCGACCGUCUUUGGAGGUCGAUUGCCUAGAUAUACCUGGUUUGGCCUUGUUACUGCGGCAUCCUUUCUCUACUACUUCAUCCCCGGAUUCUUUGCACAGUUUCUGAGUGUCUUCGCCUUUGCGACGUGGAUGGCGCCUCAAAACCCGGUCAUUAACCAGCUUUUUGGUGGAAACACUGGCCUGUCCAUCAUACCCAUCACCUUUGACUGGACACAGGUAUCGGGAUAUAUCGGAUCCCCUCUUGUUUCUCCUUGGCACGCCAUUGCAAAUACCUUGAUCAGUGUCGUAGUAUUCUACAUUGGCUUAUCGGCCCUCCUCCACUACUCCGGGACAUGGUAUGCUUCAUUCCUGCCCAUGAGCGACGCCAGUAUAUACGACAACACUGGAGCAAAAUACAACAUUAGCCGCAUCGUGGACCCAGGUAUCAUUCUAAAUGAGGAGUCCUACAAGAAGUACUCUCCACUAUUCAUCAGUACCACCUUUGCCAUAUCAUACGGCAUGUCAUUCGCUGCCAUUUCCUCUCUCGUGGUAUAUACGUACCUCCACCACGGCAAGUACAUAUGGAAGCAGUACAUGAACAGCACCACCGAAAAGCCAGAUAUUCACAUGAAAUUGAUGAAAAAGUACAAGGAGGCGCCGACGUGGUGGUACCUCACCCUCUUCUCCAUCAUGCUGGCGUUGGGCUUCUAUACCGUGCUCGCCUACCCAACCAACCUCACCUGGUGGGCAUUCUUAUUGGCCGUGCUGAUAUCGUUUGGCUUCUCCUUGCCCAUUGGCAUCAUUCAAGCCGUGACCAAUAACCAGAUUGGCUUGAAUGUGCUUACGGAGUUUGUGUACGGCUACAUCCAGCCGGGACGACCGCUUGCGCUUAUGCUCUUCAAAACAUUUGGCUACAUUACUAUGUCCCAAGCGCUUAACUUCGUUUCUGAUCUCAAGUUUGGCCAUUACAUGAAGAUUCCUCCCAGGACAAUGUUCAUGGCCCAAGUCGUUGCUACGACUUACUCCUGCAUCAUUCAAGUCCUUGUUCUGAACACGGCCCUGAAUAUCAUCCCAGAUGUGUGCGACGAGCAGCAACCUGAGCGUUUCACUUGCCCAGGUGGGAGAGUUUUUUAUUCUGCAUCCGUCAUCUGGGGCCUCAUCGGUCCAGGGCGAAUAUUCUCCCCCGGCCAAAUCUACUCCGGCCUCUUCCUCUUCUUCAUCGUCGGCGCCAUCACCCCCGUCAUCAUCUACUACGCCGCCAAGAGGAACCCCAAAUCCCCAGUCAAAUAUCUCAUCGCGCCGCUCCUCUUUGGCGGCCCGGGCGCCAUCCCGCCCGCCACCCCUCUCAACUACUUCUCCUGGGGCAUCGUCGGCUUCGUCUUUCAGUUCUGGAUCAAGAAACGCCACUUCCGGUGGUGGAGCCGCUCCAACUUCUUGACGUCGUCUGGCUUGGAUCUGGGCCUGGCGCUGGCCACGCUCUUCAUCUUCUUUGGUCUGACGAUGCAGGGGAUUGAUCCGCCGAAGUGGUGGGGCAAUGAUGUCGUGACUACGACGAUGGAUUACCAAGGGACGGCUAUACGGGCACAUGUUGCGGAGGGGGAGCAUUUUGGCCCAAGCUCGUGGUGA